CCCUCCCGCAACUGUGGGAAUUGUUGUUUCGCCCUGGUAGCGGCGCAUCGCGGGCUUACUGCGUAAUCGCCAUCAUGACUACUGUCUGCUGAGCACGACGCGGCCCGCCUAAGCCCCCGGCCUCGCGCACGCAACGACAUGUCCCUCACCACAACCACCACAGACCACUCGUCGCUGUCGCCCGGCAGAUGGCCGUCAGCCGACUCUGAUCUCAUUUCCCACUUUGCAGCCCGCCUUCGUUUCCGCAGCAAGGUGAGCCCUCUUGGCCGCCUCGGUGCUCUUCAUCAUGGUGUCAUCUGUCCAAGUUCCGGCGCCCUCUGGCGUCCGCGAGUCAUCUCACCGCUCCCUGCCCGCACCACCCUUCCCUGUCUAUUUUGGCUUUUCGACUACCGUUCCUGUACUUCCGUGUCCGCUCUUGUUAUUAUCGUGGGCAGUUACUUCGUGCAAGGCACCAAGCGGCCGCCGCUCCGUCUGGCUGGACUCUUGCUGCGUGCCCAUCAAGAGGCAAACACCGCAGCCACAGCCUGCCGUCCUGUGCCACCCUCGAGAUCCGACUGUCUCUUUUACCGAGGGUCUGGAAACUCCCCAGAAUUUCCCCGCCGAUCAUUGGUCACUUUUCGCAAAUCCUUAUCAUGCUUGCUUGUUGCCGCUUCUUAUUCUUCCGCCGAGCAUCAUCGGACGGUUUGUCUCAAGUCUCGCAUGAUGCCCGUAGUAGGAAAAGUAGGACGCUGCGAAAUCUUCAUCUCCACCCCAAUUACAAUCUGCACGCCGUAAUAGAGCCUUGCUAUGGCGGUUUGUGCGCCCUGCCCGUGCCGUGCAACGCGUACUGCGGCUACUAAGACAUCCAUCCCCAAGCCAAACUCUUCAGAUCGCGUUACACCAAAUCAACGCGCCGUCUGUCGGAAAUGGCAACGCGUCAUUCUUCUUGUUGACAAGCUAGAUCAAGUCGUCGACGCGUAA